UAUUUAUAGGCCAAAAUUUUGGUUCAUAAGCUCCAUUAACGCUUCGAAAAAAAGCUCGACGAGACACUCCAAAUUACGUAUUCGAGAAGAUUAGCUCAGAGAUAAACCCUAAAUCGCAAUGGAGAGUGCGUUCGCUAGUGCCUCUGCGAUCAGCGACCAACGCCAGAAAAUCGAACAGUACAAGCACAUUCUCUCCACCGUUCUCGCAUCAAGCGAUAUCCAACAAGCCAAGCAAUUCAUCGAUCACAUGCUAUCUGAUGACGUGCCCUUGGUGGUAUCAAGACAGCUAUUGCAGACAUUUGCACAGGAAUUCGAUAGAUUGGAACCUGAUGUUCAAAAGGAAGUAGCACACUAUACUCUCAACCAGAUACAGCCUCGUGUGGUGUCCUUUGAAGAACAAGUGUUGAUCAUUCGGGAAAAACUUGCAGAAUUAUAUGAGUCUGAACAACAAUGGUCAAAAGCAGCUCAGAUGCUUAGUGGCAUUGAUUUAGACUCUGCAAUGAGAUUUGUUGAUGAUACAUUCAGAAUUUCAAAAUGUGUCCAAAUUGCUCGUCUCUAUCUGGAGGAUGAUGAUGCAGUUAAUGCAGAAGCGUUUAUAAAUAAAGCUUCCUUUAAAGUUAACAACAUUAAGAAUGAAGUAUUGAAUUUGCAGUACAAGGUUUGCUAUGCUAGGAUUUUGGAUUUGAAGAGAAAAUUCUUGGAAGCUGCCUUGCGUUACUAUGACAUUUCUCAGAUUGAGAAGCGACAAAUUGGUGACGACAUGAAGCUUAAUGAUUCUUUACGCUACAGAGAAAUUGAUGAAGCUGCCUUAGAGCAAGCUCUGGCAGCUGCUGUGACGUGCACAAUUUUGGCUGCUGCAGGUCCUCAACGAUCUCGUGUACUUGCCACACUGUACAAAGAUGAGCGUUGCUCCAAAUUAAAAAUCUACCCAAUCUUGCAGAAGGUCUAUCUAGAGAGAAUCUUGAGAAAACCUGAAAUUGAUGCUUUUGCAGAAGAGUUGAAACCACAUCAGGUUCCCCCUUUUUUUGGGUAUUGCUUUUUUUCAAAAUGUCAAAAUACAUUAUCCGAUAUUCUCUGUGUAUCUUAUUUUUUGUGUUUCCAACAGCAAGCACUUUUACCUGAUAACUUCACAGUUUUGGAUCGUGCUAUGAUUGAGCAUAAUCUCUUGAGUGCUAGCAAACUUUAUACAAAUAUAAGUUUUGAUGAGUUGGGCACUUUGUUGGGCAUUCCUCCUCAAAAGGCUGAGAAAAUUGCUUCAAGAAUGAUUUUCGAAGAUAGAAUGCGGGGAUCAAUUGAUCAGGUUGAGGGCGUCAUACAUUUUGAGGAUGACACUGAAGAACUGCAACAAUGGGAUCAACAGAUCAUGGGCCUUUGUCAAGCUCUCAAUGAUGUUCUUGAUAGCAUGGCAAAGAAGGGGCUCCCUAUUCCUGUCUAGUUUGUUCAUUUUGUGGUCAUUUUUGAAGAAUCUGAUACACUCAUUCCUCAUACCAUUUACUGUUCUGGCGUCACUCUAUAUUCUUUCACCAGUUUUAAAACUUCGCUCGGAACUCUUUUGUCUCUAAGUUAGUUUUAUAUUGUACAUGACACACCUCUCCUCCAAGUUCAAUGGUUUAUUAUGGAUAUAAAUGUUAAUUUUGUUACAUUUCUCUUUUCAUAGG